ACCUCAGCAGACCAAAAGAUCAACAUCUGCCAGCUUUGCGACUUCCUCCCUCAGGGCGAAGUUGGCUCUUCCGAGGUUUGUCACAAACAACAUGGUCAAAGAAGAAUCCAGGCACGCUAGAGUGUAGAUAAUAUACACGCUUUUGGCAAUGGUAGAUAAGACAAGAGACAUACGCAUGUCUCAAAGCUCAUCUUUACCUGAUGAGUCUUGCAUAUCGAUUUCGCUCAUGGCACACAAACUCCAUGAUCUUGAAACUAAGUGUCAUGGGUUUCCCUACGACAAUAAAGGGUACUACGAGCGAAAGACAUCUUCAGACUCCCGUCCAACUGAUAUCCAUCCACGCUUUUCUCGAACGCCAAAGUCUUGUAGGAAACUCAACAGUCUUCGUGGCCAUGUUACAUGUUACUCGAGACAAGAGCCAGCGACCUCUCAGUCGGUCUUCCGCGAGACAAAACGCACUCUCAAACUCUCAUGGCUCGAUAUCGAAGAGGGCAUUCCCCUCGCCAUCGCUCAUCGCAAAAUGUGGAAAUCAGACAGCCUCAUUUCAAGGAUACAUACGUUUUUUCCAAGCAGGCUUUGUUGCUAGGGGUGGGAGUAUCAGGUCUAUAACUCUGUUGCGACAUGGAGACAGGAUUCAAGGAUAUGUAUCACAAACCUGUCUGUCUCUUCUCCCCCCCACCUUGAGACUUCGGUCAGAUACCAGAUACCAGAUUAAGAUAUGACAGAAGACAUGGUACGCCAAAUGGUUGUUGAGGUCGCUCUGGUUAUGCGCCAUUUGUCCGUGAUGCUUGGACUGGUCCAGUGUGAGAUAGAGAGUCUUAUGUACCAACGUGUUUAACCGCUUUUUGUGCAACAUCAAUCAGUUCUCGGUGCUGUUGAAUUGCU